AUGACGCAGUUCGUAUGGAGUCUGCAGACCAAGAACCAACUCGACCCCAGCGCAGACGUUGCAAUCAAUGCCAAGCAGAGUUUUACGGGGCUCGCUAGACCUCUUCAGAGUGUAGCAGCAGCAACAUGCCGCGGUUGGCAGAUGUCCGAGGGUUCGGGCCAAGUGCUCAGUCCUCUCUAUCCGUCGUGUCCAGUCGAGGAGUGGGGAACUGGUUCCAGCAACGACUGGCUACCACUCCACGGCCAGGCUGUAUACUUCGGUGGUAGCUGGCCACAAUGGCCCCCGCCGGGGUAUCUUGCAGAGUCAGAGUCUGGGGAGAGAUGGAGAAAUCGAAGUCGUUCACAAGGUCAAGCUUCCCGAUCCCGUGAUCCCCUCACGGAAACACCGGAAAACCUCAGCUGCACGGCUCUUCCUCUCCCACGGCGCAAGCUUGGGAAGUCCCCAGGUUCGAAAGAGAUGGCAGACGCGCAGCUCUGUGAGCUACUGGCCGCCUGCGAGGAAGUCACCGACGUCGAAGAGGAGGCGUUUCUCCUCUUCAGUCAGGACAUCCCCACCACUAACCUGGGGUUUGUCGACUCCCGCGCCAACUCGGUCGAUGUGACGAUUCACGGGGCCGAGUAUACGAUCCAUCAAUCCCCCUCUCUCCUCUCUUCCUCUCGUGCUGGGGGAACCACGGGCGCCGCUGAACUAACCACGCCCGGCCAGUCCUUUGGAAAAUCACCCCCCCUCUUCGCGGACUGGAUCUCGUCUCCCUCCAAUCCGCUCUGGACACAUUCCAUCCUCUCUCCAACCUCGGUAGUCACUGAGUUGGGCUGUGGCAUCUCCGCCCUGGUCGCCCUGGCCCUAUCUCCCUCGGUACAGCAUUAUAUCGCCACCGAUCAGGAAUACGUUCGCCGAGUCUUUCGCGCCAACCUCGACGAGAAUGCCUCGGCCAAGUCGUCUUCCAGCACCAAGCAAAAAUCCAGCAAAGCCAGGGCCAGUAGUAGUAAGUCCGCUAAAAAGCAGCAGUCUGUCCCUCCGGCCGUCAGCAACGUCACCUUCACCACCUUGGACUGGGAGCUCGACCAGCCGGAGCGGUUGAAAGACUGCAUCGAGUCCGAGUCCAGCACCGUGGGCCACGGUGCAAAGAGGCAAGAAGAAGAGGAUGAUGACCGGGGCUUCGACCUCCUGCUCUCAUGCGAUUGCAUCUACAAUGAAGCCCUGGUGGCUCCGUUCGUCCGCACCUGCGCUGAAGUAUGUCGUCUCCGGCCGGCGUACGAGCCGUCUGAGAACGGCGCGGUUAAGUAUAGUCGUCGACCCACGGUUAGUAUCAUCGCGCAGCAGCAGCGCUCGCCGGAUGUGUUCGAAGCUUGGCUGCGGGAAACGCUGCGUGAAUUCCGGAUUUGGCGCCUGAGCGAUGAGGUCCUGGGGAACGGACUGAAGAGUGGGACGGGAUAUUUGGUGCAUUUGCUGAUGGUCAGAGAGAAGAAUUGA